AUGCCUGAGGCCGAAGUCACGUGCUUUGACGCGGGAAUUGCUGUUCGGCCUCAUCAUCGCGGCUGGGCUCUUCAUACACCCUCGACCACGUCCGCAAUGGCGCCCUCCUCGCCGGCCGUCAAACGACUAUUCUCAUCCCUCCCUGAGCAGCCGACUGACGAUAAUGCUAAACGGAUAAAGCGCCCAUACCACCAUCACCAUCGCUUACAUGUGCCAGUCAACCCAGGCUUGUCGGAGCCAGCUAUCACCGAUGACUCCUACGUCGACCAGGUGAUGAACCGCACCAUCAGUCAUUCAUUACGAGAGUGCGGAUUCGAAAUCGCCGAUCCGCUAGCCCUAGAGAGUUUCCGCGAUGCCGCAGAGGAGUAUCUUCUGAAGCUAGCAUCAUAUGUGCGCGCAUCGAUGCUAUCAAGUCGGCGCUUACAACCCAUACCGAAUGAUUUCGAAUACGCCUUGAAGCGGCACCACCUGCCUGUGAAUUCCCUUAUUCCAUACCUGCAGCCUCCCCCGAAGACCGAACCUAUCCCAACACAGCUUCCGAGCCCUCCACCCGAAGAGGAUGAUGAUUUCAAGAUAUUACCCAACCUUGGGCCGCAGCUGAGCGGCGAAGAUGAUCGUGUUCGAAGUCCGUAUAUUCCGAAGCAUUUCCCGGAGUUCCCGAGCAAACACACAUACCGCCAUACACCUGUCUUCACCGAGCGAGAACGAGAUCCGAGAAAAAUACGUGAACGUGCAGCGGAUGACGGACGGCAUGGGGAGGAAGCUUUGCGUAAACUGGCUCGGGCGGCUUUCAAGGACAACCAACCCGGUUCGGGUGGCCGCGACAGGAAGCCGUGGGGUCGAAAAGCGGAGAGUUUUGACAGCAUGUUUGAGAAAACGGUCAGGGGUAUAUCCAAGAAAGCGCUUAAGAGUGCCGCUCCGAGCGGGCCUAACGUGAUGGACGUCGAUACUGCUGCCGAUACCGAGACGAAACAGAGCAGGUCGAAGGGCCUGGCUGGGCUGGAACUACCGCCAAUUAUAAACUGCGAAAGGGAUCUUUGGCGGCGGAAUGCGGCAUCUGGGAGACAACGGCCGGAGGAGAAGUCAGGCACAAAACAAGCGUCAGAUCUUUCCAGAGUCGAGAGUUGGGUUGGCACUUGA